GCCGACAGAGACCUUUUUACAGCCUGCGUGUAUUAUAUAAGCACGUCUUAGACAAAGCGACAAUUAUAACAUAAUUCCGUCAAGAUGCGAACUGUUGCCGUUAUAGGGGCUGGGGCCAGUGGGAUAACAGCCAUCAAAUGCUCACUGGACGAGGGACUUGAGCCAACUUGUUUCGAGAGGACGGAUGACAUCGGAGGACUAUGGAACUACACGGAAUCUGCGAGAUAUGGUCAGGCAUGUGUGAUGAAGUCGACGGUGAUUAACACCAGCAAGGAGAUGAUGUGUUACAGCGAUUUCCCAAUCCCCAAGGACUAUCCUAUGUUUCUCCAUAACACCCAUGUUAAACGAUACUUCGACACGUACGUGGACAACUUCAACCUGAAGAAAUAUAUACGGUUCCAAACAGAGGUGUUGAUGGUCAAACCUACGUCUGACUUUUACAAGACCGGACAGUGGACUAUAAAGGUGAAGGACGCGAAGACUGGUAAGGAAGAAGAGUCAGUAUUCGACGCCGUUCUCGUUUGCACUGGUCACCAUGCCUACGAGAACAAACCUGACUUUCCGGGUCUUAAAGAGUUCCAGGGCAACGUUAUUCAUUCGCACAUUUACAAGAGCACCCAAGGAUACGAGGGCAAGUCUGUUGUCGUUGUUGGCAUUGGUAACUCUGGCGGUGACGCUGCCGCGGAGCUCAGCCGGGUAGCAUCCCAGGUGUACCUUUCUACCAGAAGAGGUAGCUGGGUAUUCUCCCGUAUGGGUGGGUCUGGACUGCCUUUGGAUAUGAUUGUCGUACAGAGAUGGCUGGACGUCGUCAUUAACGUGUUUCCCGCAAAGUUUAUCGCCUGGUUGUUGAAGAGCUCAUUGAAUAAAAGGUUUAAUCACAAAUCCUACGCCCUUGAGCCUAAACAUAGCCCAAUGUCCCAGCAUCCAACAGCAAAUGACGAUCUUCCAAACCGGAUAUCCUGUGGAUCAAUCGUUAUCAAACCUAACAUUAAACGAUUCACGCGCACGGGCGUGAUAUUUGACGACGACACUCAGGUAGACAAUCUGGAUCACGUGAUACUUGCCACAGGCUAUGUUUUCGGAUUUCCUUUUCUUGAUAAAUCUGUGCUGGAUGUGAAGGAUAACCAGAUCAAGAUGUACAAGUACAUGUUCCCUCCAGACCAGGUCAGAAACACACUGGCUGUGAUUGGCUGUUUUCAACCUAUCGGAGCACUCAUGCCAAUCUCAGAGAUGCAAUGCCGGCUCGCAACACGUGUGUUCAAGGGUGAUGUGACGUUGCCUCCGAAGGAAGAGAUGUGGGAAGAAAUCCAACAAAAAAGGGACAUGAUGGCGUCCCGUUACGUCAAGUCAGCGCGUCACACCAUACAAGUUGACUUCAUCAACUACAUGGACCAGCUAGCCACUGUCAACGGCAACAGGCCCAACUUCCUCAAGCUGAUGUUGACCGACCCUGUUCUAGCAUACAAGUGUUACUUCGGCCCAUGCUCGCCCUAUCAGUACCGCCUGCAGGGCUCUCAGACGUGGUCGGGAGCUCGAAAAGCAAUUGUAGCACAGUGGGACAACACUAUCAGCGCCCUCCAGACGCGCCCAUUGGGGCUGAAGCAAGACGGGUCGGGGGCCAUGGUCUACAUUCUCAUCAUCGCAGUCUUCAUUAUAGCAUACCUGUUCAGAUUCUUCUUCCUUUAGAUGGAUGACGUCAUAUAAGUUUUUAGUCACAUCUGCAGAAACUUUCUGCUGCAUAAGGAUUGCUUGACUUUUAUGUUUUUAUGGCUGAUGAUUUUUAAGAUUUUAACGGGGUAAGGUGUAUUGAUUCGCUCUGUUACGUAGUGUCGCUAUGCAUUUAGUUAGGUUUACAUGUUACUUAUGAUAAGAAAGGCUAUUAAAUUGUCUAUAUAAUGAAUUAUGAAUAAUGGUUUCAUAAUAAUUCACUGUCAUUCAAUGGUAUAUACCGUAUACCAGGAUACUUCCAAAAAUGUGUUCAGCGGAAUCAUAAUCACAAACGCAACAAUGAGCCACGAUUAAUACAUUUUUCAACCGUCAUGAAAUAGCACGUACGUGGUUAUGACGAUUGUGUACAUAACAGGUAAUGACGUAUGAGGUUGUAUCACACAACUUAUAGUUUUGUUGAUGAUUCGUUAAUCAAAAUUCGUUAUUUUGUUGUUGCUUAAUAUGCUGUCAUAGAGCCUAUUCAUUUGUUCAUUUGAAACUUUAUACGCUGAAUGUCCCAUCUCUGUGCUAAAACACAGCGAAAAUGUUCAGAUAGCAAAAUUAUAAUCUGUGUAAAUUCAAAUGUCUAAUUUUUGGUCGAAAUCGCGAAAACUGAAGCCCGCGUAAAUAACCCGUACCGAUUUGAGGACUAUUCUAAAUGAAGCAACUUCUACAUUUUCAUUUAGAAUGAUGUUUUAUUAUGAUCCUCGCUUUUUGCAUAUGUUUGUUAUGUUAUUUGCAUUUUAUUGGUUAUAAUGAUGUUAGUCUUAUAAAGAUCUUUGCGCUAUCUAUGGUGUUAGUUUUAUACAUUUGCAACGAAUCCGUAAUAAUCAUUAUUCUUAAUGUCUAUUCCUUAAGAAUCAUUGUCCCACUGUAAUCUCUUAUUAGGUAUAUACAGUGACCUCCCCUUAAUAUCGUCUUCGUUAUAGCUGUAGCACGAUUGGGGAAGGCUACUUCCACUGACAAGGUAGCGCAGUGGGUUAAAGCGACAGUAUAACAAUCGGAAGUCCAGGGUUCGAAUCCAGGUCUAGCCCCUCUUAUUCUUUUCCUCCUCAGAACACUUUUGUUGAUCCUAUAUAUUUUUCACUUUAUAUUUCAUAAAAGUCCCUUUAGGUUUGGUUCUGUGUUGAGAAAUAAAAUAUGAAAGCUAAAGUCAUACCGGAAAAAUAUUUUCUAAUGCCUAGUUUCAGCUUUUGGCAGUGGUACGGGAUCCUUCAAUAUUUAAUUUCCUUUUUUACUUGGCUGUUAUGACAACACUUUAUAAAAGUGUACCUAUAGUGACCAAUUUGUAAUUUGUAUUGUUGUUUUUGUGUGUGAUAGUGUGAUUUUGAUUCAUUAAUCCAGCUGCUGCAAAUGAGGUCAGGAAUUUUAUCUGAAAAUCACUUUUAUAUAUUUUUUAUGAUUUCGAAUAUGAAUAAAGUGCUUACUUAAUGCAA